UAACUUGUGAUGGUGGUUUAUUUGCCUGUCCUAAUGGUCAAUGUAUUGAAGCAUCAUGGGUGUGUGAUGGUGAUAAUGAUUGUGGAGAUUUCACAGAUGAAAGCGAUUGUGGGACAGUAGAACCAAGACCAGUUGAAAUCCGUUUAGUGGAUGGUUCAUCCUCAAAUGAAGGACGUGUUGAAGUGUUUUAUAUGGGUACCUGGGGCAUAAUAUGUGAUGACUUAUGGGAUAUUAAUGAUGCUCAUGUUAUCUGUAAACAGCUGGGAUAUCAAAGAGGAGCUGAAAGUGCCAUUGGUAAUUCUAUGUAUGGAAGUGGAAAUGGAGUGUUUUUAUUGGACGAUGUAGAAUGCACAGGUUCAGAGAACUCAAUUGCAGAAUGUCCAAACACAGGAUGGGCUGUACAUAACUGUGCUCCAGAUGAGGCUGCCAGUGUUGUAUGUAUGACUGAUGACGCUACUAUUUGUGAUGAUGACCAAUUUACAUGUCAUGGUGGUACAAUGUGUAUCAGUGAUACCUGGUGUGUGAUGAGAUAA